AUGUCAGUCUAUGGAUGGCAGGCGUUUAUGCCACCUCCAACUUAUCAACCGCCACCUCCAAAAGUGAGUAAUGGCUUAUCACCAACUAUGACUACCAAUACCACCACCACAGCCUCAACCAAACGAGGAUCUACUGCUACCGCUUCGUCAGCUUUAACAAAUGGAUCUUCAGUUGAUCCAAAUGAUUUUAUCACAUACGUAAUCCCUGACUUUAAUGCAGUCCAUUACUUUCAAAAAGAUUUCCUACAAUCUCAAGAAUUUCAUAUUUUGGAAGAAUCACAAGUAACAGGAUAUGAAAUAUAUCUUGUUGAACAAUGGGUCAAUAAUAGGAAUAUAGGAAGUGUUGUUACUGCGUAUACAGGUAAUGAAUCGUCCAAAAUAACAGUAGCUAGAUUCACAAUAGUCAAGAAACCUUCAAAACAUUAUCCUAUACGGUUUCAAGAGUAUUUGAAUGAAUUACUUCAGAAUCAUUCCACCAUCAAGAAAAUGGAACAUGAUAGAACGUCGAUACUUAGUAAUAAUAACCUUACGACGGUGGCAACAACUAAGAGUAGGACAAGUGGAAAUAGUAGCGGACUUAGAAGAAGAGAAAGUACUACUGAACUUGCUAAUGAAGUUUGCUUUGUCACGAACAUUACUUCAUUACCUUCAAAUUUAAAUUUAAUUCCAAUACCUCAAGGUGAUGUACGAAAAAUAGAAACUUCAUUUAUUAUAAACUCGAAUUUAAAGAAAUUGCAAUGUACAGGUAGAUCAAUUUCUUUAAUAAGUGAUAAAAUCUCGGAUGCAAAUGAAGAUAAAUUUAGACAAAUGUAUAAAAUCUAUAAUGUGAAUAUUCCAAUUAAAUUUGCAAUUCAAGAAGUGGUAAAUGUUAUUCAAAUGAGUUUAUUCUAUUUCGACUUAUUAGAUGUUAAAUAUUGUACUGGUCUACUAUGUAACAAGACUGAAGAGGCAAUAGUUAAUUGGUGGAACUUGAUUGGAUUACCUCAUUUCAAUGUGAAACCCAAUACCAAAGAUGGAAUAUUACCUCCAAUCACCGUUGCAGCCAUAAUAAGUUUAAUCUUAAGUGUACGAUUGAGAUUACAAAUAGUAGGAGGAUGUGAUGUUCCUAAAGAUCCAUUUGAUUUUGAAAAUUUUAUGAUUGCAAUUGGACAAUUCCAAAGACAAUUCAAAUUAGAGAAAACUAGAAAAUUAGAUAUGGAAACAUUAAAUAAAUUAUUUACAAUUACAAAUUCCAGAUUACAACUUGAAAAAAAUGCAAAUUAUUUUUAUUCAUCGGCAUAUUCAUCUAGUCAUGAUCAUCAAGAUUUUGAUCCAUUGUUGAAUCCUCAUAAUUAUCAUCAUUUUGAUUCAAUUUCAUCCCCUCCAAAUAUGAAAGGAUCAAGUAGUGGACAAAAACGAAAAGGGUAUGGAAAAGAAUUGAAAAAGCUUACCAGUGUGGUUAAGAAUACCGUACAGGAUCAUUUAAAUGCAGCCAGUAGAGAUUUAGACGAUAUACAAAUGCCAAGUCCAAGUAGUAGACCUACUACAGGAAGAAUCAGAAAUCGAAUUGCGAAAUUUACAGAUGCUGUAAGUCCCUUGGAUGUUGAAUCUUUAGACCUAGAAUUUCUAGUUAAAACUCAUUUAGCAGGUAAAGUAUUAAUUAGGCUAUUUUAUGGUAUUCAAAGUGGAAACACUGCUAAUUUGUUCCCUACAAAUACAGCAGGCACGACAACAACAACAGCACAAAAUGAGAAUGGUAGUUCUGGUACGCGACAUCAUAAACAUCAUCAUCAGCAUCAGCAUCCCCAACAGCAUUUGAAUCCAUUGUAUCCAAUGACUAGUCGUCGUAGGGGGAGAUCAAUUGCAGAUGAAGCGGCUUCUUAUCAAUAUGCGUUUACUAGUUUAAGAGAUAAAAUCGCCCAAACCCAUGACUUAACACUAGGUCCUAAUAGCAUGCACUCAGGUAAUGGAGGAUAUUCAAAAGGAUUUAAUUUAAUGAAAUUUGGAUUACAGAGUAGGAAAAAUCUUUCAGUAACUAGUCGAAAGGGGGGAUCACAAGAUCAUCAACGACAGAAAUCAGAUGGGAUGAUUGAAAUGAAUGGAGGGAAUCAUAAACAAUUAGAUUAUGAUAAAUCGGUUCAAUCGGCUCUCUUGGAUUCAUUUUUACAAAUAUCUUCAUCCGAUUCCGCAUCGAUUACCAAAAGUCUUGGAUCAAAUACUAAUAUUAGUGUUCCUCCCAGUAGGGAAUGUGAAAACCCUAUUGCUAGUCUUCAACAUCGGUUGAAUAGAAGAAAUUCGUAUCCGUUCUUGUUAGAUCAAUAUGAACAGAACUUAAAUACGUCGGUUAUAUCUAAAAAUGAUCUGCAUGUGAAACCCGAAGUGUUGGAAGUAGCAAGAUCUAGACCCAGAAGUUCUAGUAUGUCAUGUUUGGAUAAAGUUGUAGUUGAUCCAAGUAUGGUUACAAUUGCGAAAUUUUCACAAACAUAUUUGGAUAAUAUUAGUGAAUUAAUGAAGUACGAUAAUUUAAGGAAGUAUUAUUUUGAAAAUGGUAGCUUACCAGGAGGAGGAACAAUUGAAGAUCAUAUUAAUAAUGAGAGUUUGGAAAGGUCAUUCCAGUUGAUGAAUUUGGAUUUGAUUAAGUUGAAUAAUUUGAAGAUGUCAACUGAUUCAAAUAAAACUAGAAUCUUGGAUGAAGAUUUAUCUGAUCAUUUACAAUAUAAUAUCAAUCUUUUGACUAAUACUAUUGAUAGGAUUAGUUAUGAGACUAGAAUUGUAGUGAAAAGAAUUGAUGAAUUGCAAGAGAAUUGUAAUUUAUUUCAAUUAAAAUUGAAUAAUGAUUGUGAACGAAGAAUUCAAGAUUUGACAAAUACAAUCAUUAAACGGAAGAAUUUCAAACAAGUAUUUUUUGAUCCUAAAGAAAGAAGAUCAAUUGUCAGGAAAUUAACUGGGAAAUCUGGAUCGGAAGAGGAUAAUGAUGAUAAUGAUAAUAAUGAGGAUGACAAUGCUGGUGGUAGUGGCAUUUUAAGUAUGUAUGCUACAUAUGCCUUUGAUUGGUUUCUGCAUAUUUUCCAAUUGGUUAGGUUUAAUCGAUAUAAUAUGAAUAAUGAAAGAAUAAGACAAGCAUGGGCAAAGUUGGAUCCUAAUAGGACCAUAAUUAAUAAGGCAUAUUCUUAUAUUGGAAAAGAACCGUCAGCACCAUCAGCAACAGCUACAGUAGCUUCUACCUCAUUAGAUCUGCCGCUGUUGCUGGAGAAUAGAACUAUAUAA